AUGCAGCCACAGUCCCCAGCUGAUGGAACCACCAGCCCGGAGCUGGUGCCCGGCGAUGCUCGACCACUCGCACGGGCCACUCGUCCCGGGCGCCCUUCCCCGCCUCCUCGAGAGCUGCGCUCGCGUCGUGGUCUCGCCCCGGCUCGCUACAACGAUGGCACUCAACGCCGGCGGUCCUCGGCCGCGGUGGCGGCUGCGCGUGCGGCCGCCGCCGUCGCCGCCGCCACCACCACCACCUCAACCACAGGGCCCCGCACCCGUCGCAAGCUCGGACGUUCGGCCGCCGGCGCCACACCUCCGGACGUGGCUGGCAGGCGGCCACCCCCGGCCGAGGAGGGAAGUGAGACAGCCGACGACAACGACGGCCAUGAUGGCCCCGAUCAUGGUGGCAACGAUGCUGACGACUUCACCGAGGGCGAUGCCGAUGAGCCCGAGAGCCACGAUGGGGCCUCUGCAAGCGAUGACUCUCCCCGGUCGGCUGCCGCCAGCCCCCUGCCUGAUCCGGCUGACGGUGGCCUGUCGGACCUGGCGUCGGACUGCCCGUGUCCGCAUUUUGCCCCGGUCCUGGCCAAGACCCGGUCCUGGCUGCGGCAGAUGAAUGCCCGGGUUGAGCUCCUAUCACCCACCUGCCAAGACUGCAAGACCGCCGAAUCGAUCGAGGUGUGCCUCGGCUGUGGCGCCCGGCGCUGUGGCGUUGACAUGGCCAAUCACCGGCUCGACCAUGCCGAUGUGGAGUUCGCCGCCGCGGCCCGGCGUUUGACGGUCGCACAAAAUCGCCAGGCCGCUCGUGCCGCCACCACCGCCACUGGCUCCGCCUCCGGGCGCUGGUCGGACAAGGGGGCCGGCGCCGUGGCGGCGGCGGCGGCGGCCCGGUCAUCACAACGCAUCGCCGAGCUCGAACGGCGCCUUCACGAGCACAGCCUCUUCUUUUCGUUGGCAACUCGCUACAUCAGCUGCCUCGCCUGCAAUGUCACCAUGCACAUCUCCCCCGAAGUGCUCCGCAGCACGAUGGUCCCCCUUCCGGCAUCGGUGGAGGUUGACCGGCCACGGCAGUUUGCCAUCGCCGCCGCACGACAGGCCACGGUCCUGCCACUGAAGCAGCUCUUUGACCUGAUGGACGAUGUGGCCCACUCCCGGCGGCAGAAUGAGCGCGAGUUCCGGCCCCUGGCUGCCAGUCGGUCACGCAGCGUCCGUCUGAUUGACCCACCGAGCCAGCCCCACCGGCCAGCCGAGGCGCCCGGCUCAUCCGGCGAAGCCGCUCCCAUGCCCUCGGAUGGCGACACCAAUGCCCCGGACCACCAGGUCCCCCCGCCGCCGGACUCGCUCCAUGAGAUCCGCACGUUGCCCAUUGACACGGCGCACAUGGUCCACUUGGUCGGAUUCGAAGCCGAUCCCGGGGCCGGCUCCGGCAGCGAGGCUGGCCCUGCCGCUGCCGCCAGCAUGUCCGAGCGCUCGCCCUCUCCCGAGGCCCCCAUCGACGCCCAAGAUCCCGAGGAGGACUAUCACCACCGCCGGCGGUCCCGGCACUCGCACCACCACCACCACCACCACCACUUCCACCGGUAUUCCUCCUCGGCCGAUGAUGACGACCACGAAGAGGACGAGGAGGAUGGCACUGACCAUGAGUACCAGGACACCAGCGAUGAUGAGGACAGCGACGCGGACUACUCCGACGGUCCGCGUGGGCGUCGGCGCCGGUACAAACGCGCGCGCACCGCCGGCCAGGGGCACGCACACGCGGCCUCAUCUCGGCAGACUGCCACCGGCCGCGGUCGGCGUCUCUCCGCCUCCCCGUGCCCGGUGGACGCCCAUGCGGCGUCUGGCCCGGCCCUCUUCAAUCCGGCAUUCACCGUGGUCGCGCCCUUGGAUGAGCCACCGGCCGGGGCGGUGCUUGCCCCGUCGCCGGAUUUCCUUUCUCCCCUUGGUGCUGCAUUUGUGGAGGUCCUCGACCGAUGCCGUGCUUCAUCGGCGGCCAUGUCGGCUCCCUCGGCCGAAGCACCGGCCCCGGCCGGCGGCCAGACCGAUGGCUCGCCGUCCGAGGCCGACCUGCUGCCACCCAGGCGUGGCUUGAGCCGGGCCUCGCGGCAUGCGGGCCAGGCCCCGCUGCCGCCUCUGCCGCCGAUGCUGACCGGGGCCGACCGGCGCCCGACGGCUGCCCUGCGCAACCUGGGCUCGACUUGCUAUCUGGCUGCCUCGAUCCAGGCCCUGGUCAGCGCGCCCCCCUUCCGGGAUUUCAUGCUCUUCCACUUUGUGCCGGCCUCGCAGCUGGGCCUCACCGCGGCCAGCGGCCCGGGCUUGAACUUCCCCGGGCCCUGGGUCCUGCUGGCCGACGAGCAGCAGGAUGACCCGGCCAUCAUGGCCGAUGUUCUUGCCUGGUCCCGGAUGACCGACCUGCCGGUGGGCGGCCCGGCCGGGCCGGCUGGCGGCGCCUGCCAGCGCCUGGCCCUCCUCCAGGGCUUGAAGACUCGUGCUUUGGCCUGGGCCAACCUCAUCUGGGCCGGACCCGAUGGCGCGGCCACCGCCACCUCCGCCGCCGCCGCCGCCGCCGCCGCCACCACUACCCCUGUCGCCGAUGCCGAUGACACCAUCCGACACCCGGGCCUUCUGGCUUUCGAGGAUGCCGUCCGUCGAAACCCGGCCCUGGUUCUGCCGGCACAGAUGGCCGACAUCGGCGGCGGCGAUGGCAUUGGCCCGCCUCGGCGAUCGCGCGCUGGCGCCAGCUCGCGGCCUCCCCGCGCCGGCACCUUGGGCUCGGACCCACCUGCGAGUGGAUGGAGCAUCGCCACUGAGCUGCAUGCCCUCCUGCGGCAUAUGCAUUCGCGCCAGGGGGCUACCCUAUCUCCGGGACGGCUGAUCCGCUCGCUGGCCGUCAAUUUACCAUCCUUCGGACUGGGCGAGCUCCUGCCGCCGCUGGAGCAGCUGGGCCUCUGGUCGGGCCCUGGCCGGGGUAUCGUCGCCGCUCGCGCCGCGGGCAAUGGUCCCUGUGCCGGCGCUGCCGACCUCCGACCGGCGGCAUGUCUGCCGCACCCGGCGGCCCCCUUGCCGCCAGCCGAGCAGCAGGCGUCGCCCUCGGCCUCGGUGGGCCCCAACCAUCAGCCCCUUUCCUCGGGCCUGCCACAGCACCCGGGCGACGCGCCGGCCCGGACCCGGGUCAGCCUCAGCCGCAGCCCCUCCUUCAACUUCGAUGAUCUGCUGACCUCGGUCAGCCAAUGGCACGACCAGCAGCACGAUGCUCAUGAGUUCAUUCGCUGCAUGCUUCAGGCCCUGCACUCGGAGAUGGCCAACAUCCGGCCCUUGCCCUCGUCGGUGGUCUCCCCCUCUUCCCCCCUGUCGGCUGCCGCAUCUCCCGGAGCUGGCCCGACCAUGGCGGCGGACCCGGCCGGGCGGCCUGGCGACUGCUCCCCCGUGUCCGGGCUCUUUGGUGGGCGUCUCUUGAGCCGGCUUUGCUGCCUCCAAUGUGGCCGGGUGUCCGAACGAGUGGAGCCUUUCCUCGACCUCUCCGUCGACAUCCCUCCUGCUUCGGAAUGUGCCGACCCGCACCGUGUCACACUGGAAGACUGCCUUCGGUACUACUCUCGCGUUGAGGCACUUGACCAGCAAGAGUGGCCGAAGUGCGCUUCCGCCGAGUGCGACGGUCAGCGCGCACCGGCGUCCAAGCAGAUUGUCAUCCUCCAUUGGCCGUCUAUUCUCCUGGUGCACAUCAAGCGCUUUGUCUGGCAGCAGGCCAAUGUCGACCUUGUUUCCUCACAGGGCGUCGCCUCGGAUGCGGCUGGUCGCUGCCCAUCCGGUGCCCGGACCGCCGCCCAAACGGCCAGCUCGUCCAGCCUCUCACAUUCCAAAUCCCAGGGCCCGGCGGUGGCGGUGGCGGCGGCCACGGCCGCGGCGUCGGCACCAGCAGCAGCGGCCGCUGGACGCCGGCUCAAGCUGUCGACGCACAUUGCCUUUCCUUUGACUGGCCUGCGGCCAGGCCAUGGCGCUAGCGCUGCACACGCCUCCUCCUCCACGCCCUCGCCGAGCGGGACGCCACCUGCCUCCUCCUCCUCCUUCCUGAGCCAGGCCGGGCCAGCGCUCACGGCCUUCUUGGCCGGGGAAUCGGCCCCCGCACCGAUCUCCGCCCCCGAGUAUCAUCUGACGGCUGUCGUGGCACAUCUUGGCACAAGUGCCGAGAAGGGACAUUACAUCGCAGAUGUCCGGGCCUCGGUCGACUCGCCGAAUGGCUGGUUCACGUAUGACGAUGCCCGAGUGAGUCGUGUCACGCCCGAAGGGGUGGCCCGCCGCCAGGCAUACCUCCUGGUGUAUUGCCUCUCCCCGUCGCCCGCCCCUUGAGAAUGUGCAGGGCAAAAGCAGAAGCAACAAGCCAUCCACAUGCAUGUGCGCAUCUGUGUCUGUGUGUCCGUGCAUUUGUGUCCCUGUCCCCUGUGUCUCAUACGGAUGGGCUUCGACCCGCCCGGUGAUGGCUCCUCCAGAAAGGCGGCGCGUUGGCGACACAGUGGCAGCCACCUCAUCUGUGUCGCCCUGGCCAAUGUGCACUCACGUGCCGCGAGACUGAACUUGCCUGGGCCUUCCUCUCGUUGGGUUUUUUUUUUUCCCCCUUCCUUCUCUCCUCCCGAUGAAUACAUUUUAUAGACUUCC